AUGAGCUGGUUCCAGCGCAUCACUGGCUCUGGGCUCCCUGCAGGCUGCGUGUGGGAGAAGCAUGGCAAAUCAGGCCGCAGGGCAGCAGGCAGCAGGACCACAGAGCCAGGGGCAGAAGAGGUGAUCGAGGCCUCAGAUAUUUUGCUAGAGGUGUUGGAUGCCAGAGAUCCUCUUGGUUGCAGGUGUCCUCAGGUAGAAGAGGUGAUUGUCCAGAGUGGACAUAAAAAGCUGAUACUCGUACUAAAUAAAUCAGAUCUGGUACCAGAGGAGAAUUUGGAGAAUUGGCUCAAUUAUUUGAUGAAAGAAUUGCCAACAGUGGUUUUCAAAGCCUUUACAAAUCCAAAGGAUAAAGGGAAGAUAACCAAGGUAAAGAAGAAAGCUGUUUCAUUCAAACGUAAAGUCUGCUUUGGCAAAGAGGGCCUUUUGAAACUUCUUGGAGGUUUUCAAGAGACUUUGGGCAAGCCUAUCCAGGUUGGAGUGAUUGGUUUCCCAAAUGUGGGGAAAAGCAUCAUCAUUAAUAGUUUAAAACAAGAACGAAUAUGUAAUGUUGCUAUAUCCACGGGGCUUACAAGGAGCAUGCAGGUUGUUCCCUUGGACAAACAGAUCACAAUCAUAGAUAGUCCGUGUUUUCUUGUGUCACCACUUAACUCCUCCACUGCACUUGUUCUGCAGAGUCCAGCAAGUAUUGAGGUAGUAAAGCCAUUGGAGGCUGCCAGUGCCAUCCUGUCCCAGGCUGAUGCUAGACUUCUAAAAUACAAUGUUCCAGACUAUAAGAAUUCUCUGGAAUUUUUUACUAAUCUUGUUCAAAGAAGAGGUCUGCACCAAAAAGGUGGAAGUCCAAAUGUUGAACGUACUGCCAAAUUGCUGUGGUCUGAGUGGACAGGUGCUUCAUUAGGUUACUACUGCCAACCCCCUACACUCUGGACUCCUCCACAUUUUAAUGAGAAUAUUGUGGCAGACCUGAAAAGGGGCUUUAAUCUGGAAGAACUGGAAAAGAAUAAUGCACACAACAUACAAGCCAUCCGGGGCCCUUCUUCAGCCAGUGGCAUACUUUUCUGGUCUUCCGGCCUGACAAAUGGAAUAAUGGAGGAAAAAGACAUAUCUGAAUUUCCAAAACUGAGGCAACAGGGGAAACAGGAGGAAAGAGAGGACAGUGAAGAUAAGGAAAGGAUCUCAGACAUGUCCCCUAUAGAAGAGACAAGUGAGGCACUGCCAGAGGAACCUAUAGCAGGUGAACCAUCUACAAGAUCUUCUAUUAUCUUGCAUGAAAAGACUAAAGAGGAUGAUGCUUAUGACUUCAGCACAGAUUAUGUGUAACAGAACCUUAUCCUU